AUGAGAAGCUCUUGGUUUAUAAUUACUUUCCCGUCGGUAGCUUCUCCUCCCUCUUACAAUAACGUUAAUGGAGAAGGAAUGAGAAGGCCGCUAGAGUGGGAACCAAGAAUGAAGAUCGUCAUCGGAGCAGCGAGAGGAAUCACGCUCAUUCAUUCCCAAUUCGACGGAGCAGCGAGAGUAAUCACCCACAAUCAGCCCGUCUCUUGUGGCCGCACAAUGAUUUUUCUUCCUCGCCGGAAAAAGCUAGUGCUCUGUUUCAGCUAUUAA